GCUUUUGGGCCAGCAACAAGGGGUGGGCCCAAAAAUUAUGCUGUUUUUUUUUUUCACUAACAGUGAUUAAGCUGUGUAAUUUUAAAAACACAGCAAUUAACAAUCAGCAACAACAGUUUCUUGUAGUCGUUAAAAUCUCAAUGGAAAUAAAUCAGCUUUCAGACCUCUACCAUCUCAUCUUCUGUUUUACUGUUUAUCAAAGCAGUUUUCAAGUGUUUACUUGUGCACAAUUGUGAUAAUUUGUGUUGAAAUUAACAACUUUACCCACUUGUCUCUCUUUCCCAAUUUUGAAAUUGCCUCUUCAUGAUAUCCCCAUACUUACAUGAACAUGACACUUUAAGGGGUAUACGCUUGCACAUUUUUUUUUCCCCUUUUUUUGAUUUCGUUAAUUUUUUUUUUGGUUGUCGACACUCCACUGACCAUAGAUUGUGAUGGGUACACACUGCGAUGUUUUUCUCUCAGUUCUUCUAUUGUUCGCAAGGACUUCUGAGUGUUGGGACAUUUCUCAUUACUUAGCGAUUCGGUUGUUAGGCGCGCGCGCGAUCAUCCGGGAACUUCGCACUUUCAGGCGGGGAAAUUAAAUGGCGGGAAAAUAAUUUACGCGCGCGCGACAAUUCCUAUUUUCGAAAACAAACGCCGAAACUGGCGAGAAAAACGUAAUAAAAUAGUAAAUAUUGUAAAACAAAAAAGGCGAGCAUGAUUUUUAACCUAGGGCACCUACUUAGCGACCUGAAGUGCUGAUUUAAGCAAACAAAAGUUGUUUCAAUGCAUAUUUCACUGUUGAUAACAAAAUUCUUUCACAACAUUCGCAUUUGUAACCAGGCUUUAUCGCAAUACUCAAUUGCGCAUGCGUAUAUAAUUCUAUUUCCGGUUUGCGUUUCCAACUCUAUAAUCUUUGAGAAGAGUAGGUGGAUCGCGGAUUUUUUUUUAGGCAAAGAAUAUUCACCUCGUUGUCGUCCAUAAAACUACGUAUCGCUUUUCCGAUAUUAUUAAAAUUAUUAUUAUUAAGAAAUUAUUAAAAAAGAGUGGAAAAAAAAUUGAAAAUGUGCGAAAAUUUUAUUAUUUGGCAGAAUCCAAAACGCAUACGUAACUUUGCAGGUACUCUCACAAAUAAUAUUAUGAAACUACAUUUAUCAUUGCAGAUACUUCAACAGCAAAGAUUAUAGAAUUUUUUGUUGUGACGUCAUGCGAUGACGUCACCGCCUGAUGACGUCAUCAAAAUUUAAACAUUGAUAAACAAUGACGCUAUACCUAAAUUCAUUUUAUUUCACAAAUAUUUGGCGGAUUUAUAGCGUUUCCAUAUCAAACAUAUUCCCCAAGGAUAGUGUCCUUCGUUUGCAUUGCCUUAUAUGGUCAUUGAUGCCCAUAUUUAGAAGAGCUAAAGUUUUCCCGCUCCCUGAUCUCCAGAAAAUAUGGUGAAAAAUGCUGAUUCCUGUCAAUUUGAGACUCGUGGCAAGAAUUUGUCCAAAAAAACCUGACAACUUGGUUAAAUUUUCAUCUCACUAAUCUUGAAAAGCCCUUAGACCCAGGCCUCCCAGAGAUUGACCGAGCGGGUUUGAAGGUCACCCAAAUAUUGAUAUGAAAGUUUUCUUAGCAACGGCCCUCAGAGAAAUGUCCCAACACCCUUAAACGCUUAAAAUCCCCCAGGCAUUUUUCAUUGAAUUUGUGUCACAUUCCUUUUAUUGAAUUUGUGUCACAUUCCUAACCAUCCAGAAUUUGUGAAAAUUUUCACAUUGUCCUCUUCCAUUGACCUCGUUUAUUUGCCAACUUUAUCUCUUCUGUAGAAUGACCUUUGAAUAAUUUAUAUUGUUUAAGUCAGCUGGCUUCAACUCAUCUUGCUGUUUCAGUCUUUCCAACAGAAGCCUGGCCUGCCCUGUGCAUAAGUCUUUCUGAAAUGUUUUUGCAUAAUCACAUCGUCUCCACCAACACCUAUAAAAUCCCGGCAGCACUUCCUCAUUUAGAAAUAUUGUUCUCUUUGAUUUUGCAAAAAGAACAUAGCCAUUUUUUUUCUGAUCGUGGAGUUGGAAAAUAAAGGGAGUACAAGGGCCGUGGAUUAUGGGGCAAAUAAGGUAGGGUGGGCCACAUAAAGCCCCGUGAGGGAGUACAAGGGCCGUGGAUUAUGGGGCAAAUAAGGUAGGGUGGGCCACAUAAAGCCCCGUGAGGGAGUACAAGGGCCGUGGAUUAUGGGGCAAAUAAGGUAGGGUGGGUCACAUAAAGCCCCGUGCAAACUGGGCCAGCACCUGCCAGCAUUGGUGGGAGAAUUCUUGCUCGGCUGACAACAAGACAAAGGAAAUGUCAGAAAGUCCAUUUCCCAUUUUGACAUUUUCUUUGUCCUAUAGUCAGUCAAGCGAAAAUUCAGGUACUGGCGCGCAGUUUGCACGGGGCUUAAAACCUAACUUACUGUUAUUUGAUUUUAUGGCCCACCCCCACCCCCUAUACUUUAUGACCUGUCCCUUAUUAUCAUAUCCUAAAGACGUUACAUUUUCAGGGUUCCACAUUAGCACAAGUAAAUGUUAUCAUAUCCUAAAGACGUUACAUUUUCUGGGUUCCACAUUAGCACAAGUAAAUAGUAUCAUAUAGAUAGAUUUGUUUAUUUGUUUAUUUAAAAAUACCACUCGCAGUUAGUUGUUUAUUUGUUUAUUUAAAAUACCCCUCGUAGUUAGAAACUGAACUACAGGUAAUUAGCACACACAAGCUAAGCGAUUACAACAUUACGACAUUACAUUAUCAAGAUACUUAACAGUAACAAAAUUUGACAAGCGAUUAGUGUUGCAUAUUUUCGGUUUCAUGGGAGCAGAUCUUCUUAGCUUGUACUGGUUGACUCCCUUGACCGACCUACUAGUGGCUAGGCAAUGUAAAGGGUUUUCCUUACACAGGGAACUCAUGAAUUGUUGACAAUAUCCUACAGACGCUUCAUUUUCAAGGUACCACGUUAGCACAAAUUAUCGUGUAACUAAAAAGGAAUGUUAAAUAGAUUUAAGCCGCUUUUUGUAGAAUAAAUUUAGUUUUAUAGUAUAGGACUUAUUCCACUUGCUAACAGGAGCGUAUUUUUUAACAGAUCACAGACUUUAUAUAUUUAUACCUAUUUUUAAACAUCCAAGCUUUGGUAAAAGGAUGUAAAAAAGGAUCAAAAGAUGUCAAUUAGAGGCUGACUGAUUAUAAUUCUAUUCAGCGAUUGUUUCACACUAUUUACAGUCCGGGCCGGUUGAAUCACAUGUCGUACGAUGUAAUGAUCGGCCUAAGUGAUGGGACUUCGUGCAAAACUUCACCCCCGCCAUUCUAUGGACGCCCUUCUCAAACAAGAUCUUAAUCCAAUUUGCAAUCACCCGCGUAAACGGUUUUUUAAAGCGACGGCCCUCUUAAGUCCCCUGAAGUUAAAUAUAAUUUCAACAUAACUCCGAAAAGCCGGAACGAACAUCCUCUAAAAGGUUUGUUAUGGGAAGUACUUGUCAUGUUCAUUUUUUUCCUUUCCUCUGGCCUUUAGUGGGGGAACAAAUGAUUGUUCAGAUUAUAAAUAAUCAAUGCGCGGUUAUUAUAAUUGUUUAAGGGAAUGUAAUCAAUGGGAAAAUUUUAAUUAUCACCUAGAACCUCCGAAUUGCUAUGUUGUCCAGAGUAACGGGUGAAUUCGCACCCUGAUUGGUCACUUUCCUCUUUAACGUCAUUAAACACCGAAGUUUGCUUUGAUAAAGAAAAAAAUUCACGUUGCAUCAUUAACGGCAUUGUAUAUCGCCACUAGGCCUCCAUGAUGUUCAGAUAGAGAUUUAUGAAAUGAAAAAGCUUCAAUGGAAGGUGUCAUUUUAGCCAGUCUCAGGGCCGAGUCUCUAUGGCAGAAGUGCGUCUCGAAAGUGACGGAAAAUGGAAAUGAAAAUCCAAUGAGAUUUUGAACUGAUUCCCCAUUGUUGUUUAAUCACAGUAGCAGUUAAAUCUGAACAACAGAGCAGGCAUUCGUAAUUGAUUAAAGUAGAAGAAUCAGAUUAAAUAAAAAAAAUUAAUGAAAAAUGAAAGCGACGCUAUCUGAAUAAAUUCAACAAUGGGUGUUAUGUAAUAUAAUCUGCUUUGUGACCUGUCGCUUAUAAAAAGGUACACAAGACACAGUUAUAGACGAAAGUAAAACAGUGGAAAGUGGAGCUAUAAUUGAACAAGUGACAAACACUAGACAUUUCUGGAGAUCUAUUGCAAGAUUAAGAAAGGAUUAUAACAAGAUUCUCUUAUCAAUGGUGGUGGAUUCCACAGAGUUCUGUCUUCAGUGACAGAGGUGAAAUGCUGAUGCGCUUGCUAGGAAGGGAAAUCCUAAUGAACAGCAAGUCUAGAAAAUAUAGUUUUUUAUUGAACACAUAAAGCCAAGACCGAGAAAAACCGUGAGUUUACCAAAGACAUUUCAAAGAAUUUAAGGAGAAAAAUUCAACUAGAUGGUGCACUGGAUUUAAGAAAAUCGCAUCACUAAUUGAUAUGCGAUAUUUCUUUUUUGACGUCAGUAAUCAUAAAGGGAAUAUAACAUCUUCUAUUAUUGAAAGAAUUGAAAACAAGUGAAUAAGACACGAAUUGCAAUUAGGAAAAUAUUCCUCGCGAAUUGCCCGUAACAUCUUCUGACAAAAAUCCAUACUGAAACUAAAAGACGCAAACGCCAAACGCCUGAGAGACUAGAGUAAUGGUAUCACCAAGUGUGUCUACCUUGGCUCAAGCUUCAAAUAUAACAAGGCUGUUAGGGAUAAACCUCCCCCCUUAUCCACUGGAAAGCAGACCACAUGUGGAAGUCAUCGCAGAAAUUGUUAUUGCCAGCGUGUUAUUUACACUCGGUGUUGUGGGCAACGGUCUGGUAUGCUUUGUUAUUCACAAGACUAAAUUCACUCAAUCGUCCAUGUACUUCUUCAUGCUUAAUCUAGCAUAUGCCGAUCUUUUAGUCUGCUUUGUCUCGAUUCCAUUAACCGUCUUCUCAACUCUGCCAGCUCCAGUAUUCACCAACUUCCCAAACAUUCCUUGCAAGUUGGUGCGGUUUAUUCAAUACGCCUUGCCACCCGCCUCGGUCGCAAUCUUGACUGCAACGUGUGUUGACAGAUAUUUCCACAUUUGCGUUCCCUUCAAGAACAUCAUCACAACAAGUUUUACCAAAAAGAUGGCAGCUUUUUGCUGGAUCUUUAGUCUUCUCCUGACCAUACCAAACUUUUACUUGAUAGAGACAAGAAAGGUCUUAUAUGAGGGGCAGGUCGUCGAGUUCUGCGCGAUCCGAGAGACCUCGAGCGACUACUCUUUCGGCAAUGGCUAUCUCGUCGCGCGAGGCUUGAUUGGUUUUGCCGUCCCACUAGGGGUAGUUUGUUUCUUGUACUACAAGAUCGUUGCACGAGUUUGGAACAGCAAAGGAGCGAACAUAAAUUCUAGAAACCGUCAACGCCUCAACGUCAUCAAGUCUCUUCUCACCGUUGUCGUCGCCUUUACUUUGAGUUGGACGCCUUUUUCCGUGACCAAUAAAAUUCUAUUAUUUGAUAAGAACCGUGAAAUGAUUACUGGCGCGGAGAUUAUCACUUUUUGGGUUGGAUUAUCUGCGUCUGUGUACAAUCCAUGGAUCUAUGCUUUUUAUAAUAAGAACUUCCGUCAGGCAUUUUUAAAGGUUGUUUUCAGAAAAAAGAUGAGAAAAGAGGCCAAAGCGAAAGCAAUUCAGAGAAGUUUUCGCCCACCAGCGCAAACCCUACCAGAUUUGUUCUGCCACGCCGAGUUCCAGAUACCACGACGAAGAAUUUUCUCUUACACGGGGGAAAGCGUGAACGACAGAAGAAUGACUGAGCAGCGGGGAUUUGUCAGAAGACUUCAGAGUAUCAAAGAAGAAAGUGUUCUUACGCAGUUCGAAAAAGAAGAUGUUUCUUGGAAAAAUGCCAAGAACAGGGAAGAAAAAGAGAAAGUACUUAGUCCUAGAAGAGAGCUUCAUUUAGAAUUAAGAUUUCAAGAAUUUGAUGUUACUACUGUCGAAUUUUUUGCCGUCAAUAAACCUCAUACGAAAUUCAAGCCAGACCAAGGAAGAAAAUUUACAAGGAAACAAAGACUCGAGUCGGAUGAAGAUGAUGUCUUUGAGUGUCCCGAAAACGCGGAAUCAUUUGUUCAAAAUAACAGUCCAAGCUCAAAAUACUCUGUCAGUGGAAGAAAAUAUAUUGCCAAUGCCAGCAGAGGGAGGAGUCCUCGACGACACUCCUAUAACGGAUCGCCUAGUAGGGAUGUUCUAUCUCACAGUUACAAUAUGCAACUCACAAGUUACUGUGCUGAAAAGGACCAGUCGCGCGCCAAAACGCGGAAACUUAAAGUCGAUAGAAGCAUUUCAGCGAACAUUGACUCUAUGAGCAGACCUGUGAAGUUUUAGCGCUUUCUUAAGAUAAUAAUGGUUAGAUUUACAGUACAGCGAUGAUUCAUAGGUAUUUCACAACUCAUUUCAUAAUCCAGUCUGUCAAGUCUUUUAAUUACCAACGCCGGGUGUUUAGUCAAACAAAAAAGAGAAUGAUAAAAAGAAAAUAUAUACACAUAAAAUAAUAACAACAAGCGCUCUCUAAACUUAUUAAGAUGAUAAAAGGCACGUUUUCAUUGAUUUUAAAGAAGUAAUUUUGUUGUAAUGCAUUAGAUAUCGUAUUUUUAGAAUUAUGAGACCUAACUCAAUUGUUCGUUGCUAGCGACAAAGCAAAAAAUAUAUAUAUCGAAUAUGAAGACAAUCAGAGAUUCCCGCAAGCUAGAAUUUUUAGGGCAAAAAAGGGGGAUUGAAUAACCACCAUCAUCAUGAUGGUGUAAAUUAUUCUUUUAUUCUUAACACAGAGGGAAACAUGGCCAUUACCAUUGGUUCGAUAAUUUAUAAUGUUUUUGAAUGGUGUAAUGUUUUUAUUUCUUGUUUCCGUUCAAAGAGGCAGUUGUCAAAUCUGUUAUGUUUGAAUGAUAUACUAAACGUAUAAGGAGCGGAGAUGUUUUUUUAGGGAUGCAAAAUGAAAAAUAGGUACCCAAAAGGUACAUGUGUGGGCUACAGUA